AUGAGAUUGAGAAUCAUCCAAGGAAUUCAGCAGACUUUCUUGAUUUCCCUUUGGACGUUGAUAAGUCGAACUAUCGUUGGAUUGUGUUCCGUCAUCAAGAGUUUUAUUCAACGUACCCACCAAAUCUUCAGAUUGCCAGUGCACUCAAACACCACCACCACAGUCUCAACAACAAACGUCGACGACCCCCACCCCCACCAGCAGCAGCAGCACCAGCAACAUCAUCGGUUCUUGAAAGUGAAUAUGUCAAAUAACUCAAGUACCACCAAAUCUCCUACUUCAAAUUCUGGAACACGUCCUCAAAGAUCUCAAACUACUGCCAACAAUCAACCCAAUCGACCUAGGCCCCCAAUCAGGAUGCAAUCAACUCAGCUUGCAUCAACUUCAACUAGUAGUGGAGGAGGCGGUAGUGGUCUUCUACUCAGGCUAUUUCAAUCCGAAUAUUUCAACGUUCAUUUGGCUAUCGCUUACCUCAAGAAUUACCCCGAGUCGAUUGGUAUAACUUAUUAUCUUAUUGACAGGCUAAAUAAAUUUCCAGAGAAGGAUAUCGAGUUUUAUUGGCCUCAGCUUUGUCAUCUCUUGAUCAGCCGUCCGACUGAGAGCUUUGCAUUGGAGAGCUUCUUAAUCAAAAAAUGCCACGAUUCAACUCAUUUGGCGAUGAAGACUUUAUGGUAUCUUCAAUCGUCCCUUUCAGACCUCUCAUCAGCUCCAAACACUCGAUCAUUUGCAAUCUGUCGUCGCACGUUUAACAAAGUUCAAUCUAUCAUUUUUUCCGACCCUUUACUCGAACUGCUCACUCAUCAACGACAAGAAGACCCACGGAUCACAGGCAUACGGACAGGUAUGACUAAUGGGGCUAAUUUGAUCCCCAAAUUCAAACCAGAUGCACCUGACCCUCAUCCUUCUAAACCUGCGACGGGUUAUUUACGUCAAAUCAAGAAGCAAGCCUUAGCCGAAUUAGCUAAGCUCAAGGGUGGCAAGAUCAGUGAAAAAGUCUUACCGACGACUGUUGGCUUGGGUUUGAUGCUCGGUGGGAUUGCUUUACCUCAGAUGACAAAUCAAUUAGGCAUAGUACCAAUAGAGCAAAGUCGGAAUUAUGAGGAUGUCUUGAAUAUUCAUCAGCCUAGGAAAAACAAGAAACAGAUCGAACCGGAUAACAGUGCUAGCGAGGAAGAAAUUGAUCGAUUUACCAAUUCAGACAAACCAGCCGUUCCACCCGUCUCAACCCACAUCUCAACUAAACCCAAGAUUAAAAUGAAUCAUCAAACCAUGUCUGCCGCCUCUGCAAGGAACAUCAGAGGUAAAGGAACAUCCCCGAUUGACUACACUCCGGGAGCUCCCUUAACACACACACCUAUGACUUUGUCAAUCUCAAGCUCAAGUUCUUCAGCUGCCACACCUUUAUCGGUCGCAUUGUCACCAGACUCGCAAACAAAUCCGCUAUCCCCGUCUCGUUCUUCUAGAUCCUUUAGUCAAGAAGCGUUGGAGCUCGUACCUCCUCUCUCGAAGCCAUCCAUCCUCACCGCGCCGCCCAGCGAAGGACUGUUCCCUGGUACAAGCAAGUUGAGAUCAAUUGAAGAUGUAAUACAUGAUGAAUUGAACUUCGGACCUAGUCGCCCUAACCCGCCAGACGAAGGGAGAUCAACUCCAGCCCCAUCCCCUAUACCCCACUUCUCUUCUCGUACUCGCAUUCCACCCGCCUCCUCACAAUCGGUUCCAUCCUUGCCCAAUGCCUUGGCAAAGUCAAAGUCAGAUAUUCCAUUUGGAUCCAAUCGACACAACUUUCAUCACAUCAAUCGACCCAAUCCUGACGCACGAAAUCAGAACACUCUUAUCUCUUCCCUAGCGAUCGACCCAAGCUCCAUUCCUUCCCACGUAUUGGAUCAAGUUUUGAAAUCGCAAUCCAUGAGAUCUCAACUAGACCUGAUCACUAAUCUACAAGAUAUUUCGACGAGAUUGGUGAUUGUACCAAAGAUGGCUAGACUGUCGGCAUUACGGGCAGAGCUGACGGUUUUAAACCAUAGCCUUCCCAAAGGUUGCUGUCUAGGAAUGUAUUGUAAAGGUGAACAUGUGGAUGGGCAAGAGGAUGAAGAGAGUGAAAGUCACGCUCACCCUGCUCUUCCGUCUCCAACAAUGGUCGGUGACACCAAACAGCCUUCGAAUCGACGAGCACACCAUCGGAUCGUUCGAAUCUCCCCCAAUGAAUCGGUGGUCUUGAACUCAGCUGAUCGAGCACCUUUCUUAAUCCAUGUCGAAGUUCUUGAAGAUCAUCUUGACUUUGAUCCCGAGCGACGAUCAAAUUAUGAAGACCUUAGGAAAGCCCUUAGUAACUCGGCUCUUUCUAACGAUAGUACCUUGCCGUCUCGUCGUCAGCAGAAUCUAUCAGUCGGUAAUAAUGGAACGUUCCCAGUCCUUCAGCGGCAAGAGAGUCAUAAUGAUACUCUUGGUUCGUCUCAGAGCACGAGUUCUUCUAAACCUCUUUCAAGGAACUCCAGUACUUCAGGAUUAAGCUCAGAUGCAAAUCAGACCCUUGGUCGAUCGAAGUCGCCCUUUGAUUCCUCUGGCUCGGUGAAUCAGCUUCAAGGCGAAUCCCAGCAGAGGAUUCUUUUAAAAUCUUCUGACUCCAAACUAAUGGGUCGUAGAUCGAGUUUGUCUCCUUGUCUCGAAGUUUGCUCACCGAUUGACAAGACACUCGCAAUCAAUGGAUCACUUUCUGGAGAGGCGCCCAGUAUUGCAUCUUCAAGUAAAGAAUCCAUUGCGGCAGGCAGCCUACUUGCCUCGCGUGAUCUUAUUUCUGAGCAGGAGAUGCAGGAUUUGAUGGAAGAAGAAGUCGAUCUCGUAGAGCAAGUUUACGGGGAUACAGAAGAUGGUAGAUUAAGUUCAAAGGCGAUUUAUGAGAAUGGUGAACAACUCUUACUCUCUUCAUUACAGUCUGAAAGGAAUCAUCUACCUUCGAGUUUACAAAACAAAGCAUUGGAUGAAGAAGCAUGGAGACGAGUUGAAGCUAAACGUCGCGAGUCAUUAGGAAUUGGGACUUCCAAAUUAACGAUUAGUAAACAAGAGGAAACCGAUCUUCGUAAUUCUCCUUCGAUUAUCGUUAAGAGCCCAACCAUCAGUCUUUUGAAUGGGAUAGCUGGAUCGACUAGUCAACUAUUCAAUUCGACUGCUUUGACAAAAUCGAGCCAAAAACCUAUACAGAAUAUCGAACCAGCGAGUCGCUCAUCUACUCCUCGUAAGCCAAUCACGUUGGAUGAAUACGCUGAGAGGAUGAGGAUGGCAGCCAUCAUGCUUGCACAAUUGAAUGCAUCUCAAAUACCUUCACAACAACUUUCGAUGACAUCUUCUAGUGCAGCUGGAAUGGUCGUGGGUGGUGCGAUCGGAUUGGGAGCUGGAUUUGUUGGUGUGACUGUGGGAGCUGGUUUAGGAGCAGUGGUGAGUCGGUUGGCUACUAAUAGUGGUCAACAAGUCAUCACUUCACCAAUUGGACGGACUAAGGUUUUAUCAAAGCCUGAUACAUCGGUGGUGGGUCAAGGGGGAAGUGGAGUGACCAAAAGAUUGGAUACGACACAUGCUGCCAGUGGAUCCCAAGAUGCACCUAAACCGAACGAGAUCGCCAAUGCAACAGACGCCAAUCAACCACCAACAUCCAACAUGAACUCUGGAGUACCAAGACAUAAAGUAUUAACACCACUUCAAAGUCAAGCUAUCAAAGACAAAAUCAUGGCAGAGAUGAUGGCAUUAGAAGAAGAAAGAGUAGAACGAAUGAAAAUGGAUAAAGGAGUAGGAGAACGAAAAGCGUUUGGAUUUGAAGAUAUAACAGAUGAAGCAGUUGUCAUGAAAGCUGUCAAUGAAGAUGAUCCAUCAGGUAGGAUGUUGGGAGAAUCAUGGGAAGAAAAAAGGAAUCGAAUCAAAUUAAGUUCACCUUAUGGACAUCUUUCAAAUUGGAAUGUGUUUUCUGUUAUAGUGAAGACUGGAGCUGAUUUAAGACAAGAACAAUUGAUUACACAAUUGAUUAAAGAGUUUGGUAGGAUUUGGAAUGAAGAAAAGUGUGAUGUUUGGGUACGAUAUUAUCGAAUAUUGGUGACAGGUGAAAGUACAGGAUUGAUGGAGACUAUUGUGGAUGCAGUUUCAUUACAUUCGCUAAAGAAGGCUGCCUAUGCAAAGAUCUCACAGAGUGGAGAGGCUUUACCAAGUUAUACGAUUUAUGAUCAUUAUCUUGAAACAUACGGACAACCACAUACAAGUACAUUUAAAAAAGCACAAGACAAAUUUAUGAGAUCAUUAGUAUCAUAUUCGAUAAUUUCAUAUAUCUUACAAAUCAAAGAUCGACAUAAUGGCAACAUUUUGAUAGAUAAAGAAGGACAUGUGAUUCAUAUUGAUUUUGGAUUUGUUUUAUCGAAUUCACCUGGUAGUCUUGGAUUUGAAAUGGCACCAUUUAAAUUAAGUCAAGAUUAUAUUGAAUUAUUAGGUGGAAUCCAUCAUCAACAAGAGAUUGGAAAGAACAAAUGGAUAGAGUUUGUAGAAUUGUUUAAGAUUGCUUUUAAGAGUGUUAGGAAACAUGCAGAGAGGAUCAUUACGAUUGUAGAAUUAAUGCAAUCUGAUUCUAAAUUACCUUGUUUUGGUCAUGGUGAUUCAACCGUUAAGAUGUUAAGAGAAAGAUUUCAAUUAGCAUUAACAUCAGAUCAAUGUGAUGAGUUUGUAGAGAAAUUAAUCUUAAGUAGUGCUUCUUCUGUUUUUACAAAACUUUAUGAUUCAUUUCAAUAUUAUAGUCAAGGAGUAUUGUGA